ACAUCUCCCUGCCCACCCACCACUAGCCAUCCAUCCUCAAUGGAGUCGGAGAACGGUCUCAUCUGCUUUACGAAUUGCUUGCUGCCGUUGGAGGAUGGCAGUUUGGUAGAGCAGGACCUCUGGAUUGACGAGCGCAGGGGUGUUAUUCUGGAUGCACAACGCACCUUCUUCUUGCGGCGGGAUCGUCCUGCUCGCGUCAUCGACCUUGGAGGCAACAUUUUGAGCCCGGGGUACCUCGACAUUCAGAUCAACGGUGCCUACGGUUUCGAUUUCUCGGUCUUUGACGGUGACCAUGAAGCCUACCGCAAUGGCCUCAGGACUGUCGCAGAAAAAAUUGUCGAGACUGGUGUUACCUCGCUGGUUCCAACUAUCAUCACGCAAGAAAAGUCGCUAUACCCAGCGCUCCUGCACCUUCUUCGCCCCUACUCUUCACCAAACUCUGCCACAAUGCUCGGCUGGCACGCCGAAGGCCCCUUCAUCCAGAUGGCCAAGCGCGGUGCCCACGCAUCAGAGUUCCUCUUGAAGGCGGACGAGGGUCUUGCUACCUUCGAGAAGAUCUACGGUGCUGAGAAUCUCGUGCACCAAGAGGACUGGCUCAUGGCCUGCGAGGGUCAACACGACAGCCUCGGGGUCCGUAUCAUUACUGCUGCUCCUGAGAUCGCUGGUGUCAGACCUGCCAUGGAAGAAGCAACCAAGCGUGGUGUUGUCUUCUCGAUUGGUCACAGUAUCGCGUCGACAGACAUUGCCACCGCCGCGGUGAUGGGCGGCGCACGGCUCAUCACGCAUCUCUUCAACGCCAUGCCCCAGCUUCACCACCGCGACCCGUGCAUCAUCGGCCUCCUCGGCGCCUCCCCGCACCUCUCCUUCCUGCCGCCCACGUCGCCUACGUCGCCCGUUGGCCCGACCUUCCAGAGCACAGGCGCCGCACUGUCGCGCAGCGACUCUAGCACGUCCCUGGCCAAGCGUGCCCUGCAGGCCCAUGGCGACGGUGGCGCAAAGGCAACCUCGGAGGCGUUCGACGAGCUCGUCACGCCCCCGCAGACCCCGAUCCUCGCGCCGAUUGAUACGGACCUGCACCUCAAGAAGGGCGAGACGACGCGCCUGUCGUUCGAGCGGCCGUUCUACGAACUGAUCGUCGACGGCAUCCACUCGCAUCCGAACUCGGUCCGGCUUGCGUACUCUGCGUACCCCGAGGGCUGCAUUCUUAUUACAGAUGCUAUGAAGAUCCUCGACCCACACCUCAAGGACGGCGUGCAUGAAUGGCGUGACGGCAAGCGCUUCGUCAAAGAGGGCGAUAAGCUCUACCUUGAGGGCACUGAUACGCUCGCUGGCAGCGCCGUGACGCUCGACAAGUGCGUCCGCAACUUCUCGCGCUUCACGGGCUGCUCGCUCGGCGAGGCGAUCAAGUGCGCGACGUACAACCCUGCGAAAUGCCUUGGCAUCGAGCACCGCAAGGGCACACUUCGUCCCGGUGCGGACGCCGACCUCAUCGUCCUUGAUCGCAAGGGCUACGUCCAAAGCACGUGGGUCGGGGGCAAAAAGGUCUGGAAGAGGCAGGCAUUGAGGAUUUGAGCGGGGCAGUUUGCAUGGCGAAACUCGGAGUGUAUGAAUUGGAUAGAAGACUGCAGUGCCUGUGCUGUACUUAUAGAUGGUCAAUCGGGUUUGAAGCAAUUUGCACGCUUAGUUAGAGG